AUGAAGUUCAAAACUUACCUUUCGAAGGAAAUCAAGUACAAAGGAACUCUUUCCUGCAUCGGAUGGGUCAGCAACGAAGAAGUUUACUCCACAACUGACGAUCAUCAGUUGUAUAAAUGGUCCGCGAGUACUCGAGAUGCCGUUCAAGUCGCCAAACUGCCCGACGAUUUCCUCCCGAGUGACCUUCAUUGGCUCUUAAGAACCGCCGGAGGAGUUAAAGGCAACGAAACUCUUCUCAUCGGCAGCACUGAUGGUCGUUUCAUUAUUUUAAACAAAAGUGCGCGGGUUGAACGGAGCGUUUCCGCUCAUUCGGGCGGCAUAACUUCGUGUCGAUGGAGUCCCGAUGGCGCAGGGCUGUUAACCGCUGGCGAAGAUGGCGUAAUAAAAAUUUGGUCGAGAUCGGGAAUGCUCCGUUCGACAGUUUUACAGAACGAGGGUCCGAUCCGGUGUGCAAGAUGGGCUCCGAAUUCGCAAGCGAUCGUGUAUUGUCAAGGAGGAGCAAUUAGCGUGAAAGCCCUGGCAGCUAAUAGUAAAGUUGUGAAAUGGAAAGCGCAUGAAGGAGUAAUUUAUUGCUUGAGUUAUGGGAGUAACGAAUUGAUAGCGUCGGCAGGCGAGGAUUGUCGUUAUAAGAUUUGGGAUGCGCAAGGGACGAAUAUUUUUACGAGUACUCAAGAGGAUUUUGCUAUUACUUCGGUUGAAUACAAUCCGGAUGGAGACUUGUUGGCGGUUGGAGGUUUUAAUAUGCUGAAGUUGUGUCAUCCAACAGGCUGGAAUUACAGCAACACCCGUUUCAUCGACGAAUCCGUUGGUUCUAUUUUCUCUCUCACGUGGUCUACCGAUGGAACGCAAGUCGCUGCUGGAUCUGGCGUUGGCCAUUUAGUAUUGGGACACAUUAUUGAACGCGAAGCCAUUUGCAAAAACUUGAAAGCUACCGUCAAAAGUCGCAAAACGAUGAUUCUGGAAGACAUUUUAACACGAACCAGCGACACUCUCGACUUUUCCGAGAGAAUUAUCAAAUGGGAACUCGGAUAUGGAUAUCUUGUCGUUGCUACAAUCGGUCAAAUUCAGAUUUUUGCUGAAAAAUACGUAAAUACUCCGAUUAUUAUUGAUGGGAAACAAGACGUUCGAAUAAUUAUUUUGGGAAAAAAGUAUUUUUUGGUUGUAGAUGCAGCUUCUAUUUGGAUUUACAGUUACACCGGGCGGUUGCAUUUGAAUCCUCGUUUCGCUGGAUCGCAAGCUCAAGUCCCGCUUUUGACCAAAUCUUGUAUUUCACUCGGUUUGGAUUAUUUGGCUGUUCGAGAUUCUUCUGAUCAUGCGAUUAUUCACGUUUUUGACUUGCUCCCGGGUGCUACGCGUCAAGAUGAGCCUCAUGUCAUCAAAAGUAAAACCGCCAUUACCGAGCUGAGUGUCAGUCGAGCCGGCGGAAGCAACGAAGAUCAAUAUUUAUGCUAUAUUGAUGCCAAUCGUGACUUGUACAUUGUCGCCAUCUCAUCAGGACCUGAUUUUAUCGUCAACAAAAUCGGAACGCAAGUCAUUAGCGGCAUGUGGUGCAGUAAUUCCAACAUUUUUGUCGGCCUUCAUGACGCCUGUUACAGCGUUUGGUACUGCCCGGGCGAAGCAAGUGUCGAUCCAACGUUAAUCGCUCUCACAACUGUCACCUACGACACCAGCGAAUUCGGCAAAAAUGUCACGAUCGAGUCUUUCGAAGGAAGUUACAUCACUUUUCGGAGUUCAGGAGCUGCUUUUACGAUCGCCAUCAAACCCUAUUUCGAAGCCUUGCAUCGCUUCGUGAACGACGGAAUGUGGAAAAAAUCCCUGCAAAUUUGCCGUGCCUUUAAUCAUCCCGUGCUUUGGGCCACUUUGGCAGCAAUCGCGUCACGACAAAACGAAAUCGAAAUUAGCGAAGAAGCGUAUUCGGCAGCCAUCCAAAUUGACAAAGUAAAUUAUUUGCAACAUAUUAAGGCACUUCCGAAGGCAAGUCCCGAACAGAUGGCGGAAAAUUCUUUGAUGAAUGGACGAACGACGGAAGCAGAAGUAAUUUUGAUGAACAAUCGACGGAUUAAAGAAGCGGUCGAGUUUUGUAUUCGGAUGCAUCGUUGGGAAAAAGCACUUGAAAUUGCACAAAAAAGCAGCGAUAACGAGUUAUUUGAGUUUGUGCAGAACGAAAGAAGGAAAUAUUGCGCCGCUUUGAGCAAGGAAGAGUGGAUUCCGGGUUUUCAAACGUUGAAUGGGGGAAUUUCUAGUUUAGCAAUUCAAACAGACAAUUUUUAAUCAGGUUUUUUUAUUUUUAAUUUCUUAAA